AUGCCUAGUCCAACGAUAUUGCAGGAGCAGAAGAGUUUGAGCUCUGAAUUUUCGAUUUUUACAACAACUCUCGCCGACAUUGAUGAAGAAGAGAACCCAGCGAUUCUGCAGAGGAUGAACGAAGAGUUGAAGAAGACCAGAAGAGGAGGAUCAACGAAGACACCAAUUGACUUCGCUCUUACGGUAUCACAAACCCUAACCCGUUCAGAUUUGGUCGACAUUUUCAAUCAGGAACUAAAGGUUCUGAGAUCUGAAAUGGAGAAUAAGGUUCAAACGAGUGAUCGGUUUGUGCCUCGUGGUCGUAGUUCCGAUUGUGUAGAAGAAGGGAAAGUAGAAGAACCACAUGAAGAAGUUAAGUAUCUUGCGGAUGAGGUUUUAGAAUGGAUCUCUAGGGGUGACCUUGAAUCCGAUAUCUCCACCGAAGAUUCUGUGUGCAAACCAGAAGAUGGUGGUGACAAUCUCGAAAAAUUUGAUGAAAACGAACAGGUGAAUAAUGCAGAAGAAGGUGGUGGCAUUGAUGAGGUUAUCGAGGAGUUGUUAGAAAAGAUUGAGGAAGAUGGAAGUUACUUGGAGCGGAUCAAAGACGAUUAUGACUUUGGAGAUUUUCUUGAGGGUUUCGUAAGAAAUAUACUGAGAGAGAAAGCUGAGGAGGAAGAGAAGGUGAUUUCUUCAUGGAUCACUAACGGAGAGCCUGAAGUGGAAACCGGAGUUGCAGAAGAGAAGAAGGAAGAGAGAAGAGAUACUAAGAAGAAGAGUCCAGUGAAGGUGACACUGGAGAGGAGUGUACAAGAACCAAGCGUGACUAAACGUGAUUGCUCCGGGUAUGCGAGACGGUUGUAUUUGAUUGAGAAACUGAAGGAACGAGAUGAGAAUCUAAAGAAGAGGAGAGGUAAAGCUGUUAGUUGUGGAGCGGAGUUCUCGUUUCUUGUGGCGGAAUAUAUGUUUUUGAUACCUAAUGAGCUUCUUGCUAUCGAAAUCGAAGACUUCUGGAUCUGUCUAAGGCGAUUUGGGGUCAAUGAAGAUGAUGAUAAGGGUACUACAAGUGUAGUCAUGAGAAAGCUCGAGAAAGUCUUUGAGGUGGUGAUUAGGAAGAAGGAGAACAAGGAGCACCAUAGUGUGGACCUCCCUGAAUCUGUUAGGUUUGAUGAUUACAUUCCGCUCUGCGUAGAUGCAAUCCAAAUCUUGGGAAAGAUUGUUUGCGCUCUGAGACGCAACAAAAGUGAAAGACUCGAGGUUUCUUAUGUGGAUUCUCUGUUUGUUGAUUUCGAAAAAGUGUUGAUGAAGAUAGAGCUGAGGCUAGCAGAGAUGAAGCAACGGUUAUACAGAUCGGUUUCUGCAGAUUAUGAAUCGUUUUCGAAGUCAGAGAGGUUUGAUGGGUUUCUCAGAAGGAAGCUUAUGAAGAGGGUCAAUGCGGAUAGUAGAUUCGGGAGAUCAGUGAUCGGAUCUUACUUAGCUGAGAUAUGGAGUUCUCUGUUUGAGACAGAGGCAUUACAAGAGCAGAGCAAAGCAGAAUGA